UUUUCUCAAAGCCUCCCCCACCGAGUCUCUAUCUCUAAUAUACCAGAUCAUCAAUCUACUGUCACAGACUCGCUCCUUAAUUAAAGCUAGAAGAUUAAAAAGUAAGGACAUCCUUUAUGCGAAUAUGAUAAAGUCAACAAAAGCCAACCGAGGUUGUAGUAUGGAUUGGUGUCCAGUUCACAUUACACGUAAUUCGACCUGCCGAUUUUCUCGCCUUGUCCUCUCGAAGCUGACCCCUAUCCCUGGCCCCAGGCUCUUUGUAUUAAUCAGGAUGUAUUCAAUAACGUUAUCCUGUUGAUUAAGCAUUGAUAAGCGGCUUGGACCCGCCUACUGAUCGUAUUAAAAGAUAGUCUGCCAUGGCCCAUUCCACAAGGGACCCGUAACGCACUGUUUGCAUGCACUACUCAUCACCAAUAGCUGCUGUCAAAGGCUUUCCGCACAAAUAUAUAUCUACAUUUACCAAUACGGCAAAUUGCAAUCUUUAACUUGGCUAAAACUAAACGUAAGUUAGUGUUCGCUGUAGUUUUGAUUUCAAGGUGCUUAACAAACCGUGUCAGACCGUGAAAUUAGCAAUUUACGCACUGGAGCUGGUCAAUUCUAGAAGUGACAAAAUACCUUGACACAUGUAUCUGUCGAUGCGUACAAAUGGUUAUCGGGAAGACCAACAGUUAGUUGUCGUAUUGGCUUUUCUCACAAAUGUCAUCAAAACCAUCAAAGCGUAUGGCGUAAAGACUCCCGAAAGGUUUAGGUGAGACCUGGGAGUGACCUUUCUAUCUGGCGAGAUGAUUUCUCCUGCUCACAUCUCAUUCAAAUUUCACCAGUAGCAGCUGGGCGGGUCGAUCUUUUUGCCACAGAAAUCUCCUCUCUGACACUUCGACAUUUACGGCGCAUGUCAGGAGAUUCUACGUGCCGUAAAAUACUCCAGCUCAAAAUACGGACACGGUGCCUGUAUCAACAUGUUCUUACGUACUCGGUUCCCUCUUGCACAUCCAUAGUUUCAACAAUUCUCAUGCGUCUUCUUCUCGGCUCUUGGCAGCAAACCGAGAUUGUGCCUGGUGCUCACAAAGUCGCCUCGUCCCCGCCAAGCCUCCUUCAUUAUUAUUUAAUUAUGCUGAUUGAAUGAGAUUUGCCAUUUACACAGUUAAUUGAGUUUGUGUGCGCGGCGAGGCUGCAUCCCGACCUCCUCCCGCUGAACAGCGUCUUUGAUUUUGUUUUUGCCUGUCGCAGGAUCCAAUCUAUACAUGCGGGGGUGUUGAGAGUCUUGAGAGGGUCAUUCUGCCCAUACCAAGCGUCUUCAAGACUGUUCCGGGAGUUUGGAGUCGCCAACUGAAGAAGAAUCCACCGUCAUGUCAAUAAGUGUAGGCAGGUGGCAUCGCAGAGGAGCUACUCUGUUGGGAGUAUGUACAGUGGUGCUCCCCCUCCUGGUGCUGGGAGAACCGGUGGUAUUCUCAGCGUACCCGAUGGAGUUUUUCGAGCCCACCAAAACGUUCAAGACGAGAUCUCCAUAUGCGGACAGCACGACGAAUGAAUGGCUCGCCAACUGCCCUGUACGGUCCGAGAAAGGUUGCUCCAUCAGAAUCAGGUUCAAAAAGUUCGAUCUACAAGAUAGCAAGGGCUGCCGGGCCGACUACCUGGAGGUUCACCGCGGUCCGAACGCUAGCUACCCUUCCCUGGGCAGGUUCUGUGGAGGGUGCAUCCCUAACGACCUGUACGUCCUGGGCCGCAAUGUCUUCGUCCGGUUUGUCUCGGACGGAGCGAUUUCUGGGCUAGGGGCAGAGUUCGACAUGUCCGUCCUCUUCCCCGUUGCAGAGGUUUGUAACACAACGCUCCGUUGUUCCAAUGGAAAAUGCCUGGCCGACUCCCUGUUGUGCAACGGCCGAGAUGACUGCCCAAUGAGCAAUGACGAAGACCAGAACAUUUGUGCUCCCUACGAUGAGCUACAACAAUCAAGUGUUCGCUUUAUGAACUGGGGUCAAGAACCAUCCAAGAGGCAUUACUGGGCUCAGAAGUUUGAAGUCGGCUGGACGAAGGGAGAGAUCACGUUUGAGUCUCGUCUGUUCCCGCAGCCCUACCCUCAGAACUUCACCUCCUACUACGACUUGAGAUGUUCAACAGAGGACUUUCCAGACUGCAGAGUAAAGGUCGUCUUCGACGUCUUCAACGUGGGCAGCGGGCAGCCCCGGAUGUGCAGAAGCAGCAGCUGCUGCAAGACGAACUACCUGGAAGCACGUGACGGCAGAGAUGAAAAGGCUCCUCUGAUUGGUCGCUACUGUGGCUGCAACAUGCCGCGGAGGAUAGCGGGGACGGGGCCGUUUCUCUGGAUGAAGCUCAAGUCUGGAUUCGGCCAAAGAAGUAGGGGGAUCCGGGCAACGCUGUCCAUCAUGGAUCCUGAAGAGAUCACAACAGCCGAGCCCACGACGCCGACACCGACACCUGCAGAGACGACGUUCACACCAUCACCGGUCUAUUACGACAAUUGUGUUACAGAGCUUGUUCCAUACAGCGCAGCUUACAGUCCAAGAACGAGUUCAGCUCUACUAGCAGCAGCCGUGGUGGGAGGGGCGGUGUUCCGGCACAUCUGUACCUGUCUUCUUCUUGGCCAAUAGAACGGUUCUCUGGCAACGUGCUAAUUAACAAUUGGAUUACAGUACGUUUUAGAGGGAGCGAAUAGCAUUUUGUAUAAUACACCUAGAUUUGACUUAUCAGAAAUGGCCUGAACAAUUCGAUGUCAGUUCAAGGCUAUAGGAAGAGUGAGAUGCUAAUUUGUUUCAGUAGCAGUAGCGACCAAAUAGUUUAGCGUAUUAUCAGUCUCCGGAAAAUUUUUACAGAUAUUUUCUCCCUGUAUUCGUUUCCCUCUCUCCAAUGUUACGAUGCUUCAUUCCGUUUCAUCUUCUAUCAAACACAGGCUCUUUUACUUAUUUUCAACUUAUCCAUUAAUCAAAGGAUUCCGUCGUCUUUUAUACAAUGUUUAUUGGUUCAUUUAGUCGAUAUGUUGCCAGGACUUCAAAGAGGAUGAUAUGUUUUGUCUGUAUGAAUAAGCUAUAGAUAAGGCAGACAUCCUAUUUCACAUAAAAUGCAUCAUAUUUUUUCAGAUGAAGACUGUCAAACCAGAUAGCCCUCUCUGUCACUCAACUCAUACCUGCAUUGUAACAUUCUCUAUCCGACGACUUCUCGAAUCCGCUGUAAAUAGUAACAUAGGGAGUCAAUGAAGAGUAGUUUGGAGUGGACCACGUCCCUAAAUGGACAUUUCUCUCCCAGAAGCCUAAUGAUGCUUCUGUGUGUAUCUACUGAAGAACGCCAACGUAGCUCAAUACAUGAAUAAUUCAGUCCUGAUUGCGGAAUGAUGGAGAGUAUCAGAAGAAGGUCCCAGCACGGGUCGCCUGGUGCCUUUGAAGACGAUAUGUCAUUUGCAGUUGAUGGCCCGUGAGUUGGCUGGGCAGUCAGAGAUAGCAGUCAUUCCGGUGUAACAUAAGGUCUCCAGAGCCUUUCUCAGCCGCGCGUGGAGACGGAAAUAUCAAUAUAUUAAAGGUCACAGCAGGAAGGAAUGAAGGGUUUUACUAGUCGAUGUUUUAUGGUGGUGAUGUUUGGUUGUAACACAAUUCCCUUGUGUGGAACACAUUCGUCUUCGAGACAGCAGUGAGUGAUCACGUGACCUGUGGAUCUCAAGGCUUGUGACCUACUCUAGUGCAUUAACAAAUCAAGGUAACGAACAAAUAGCAAAUACACAUCAAGACACUGUAUGAAAUGGAAUGUUCUUACCAUUAACUAAUGUAAGCCAGACCCAUUGAAAAUUUAAAAACGCAUACCGAGAAAUACGUGACUGUGCGACCGACUGUGUAAUGCUGCAAAUACGUGUACAUUAUUGCAGCUUUCAGCGCUUCACAUAGUAACGUUAUGUGUUUUGUGUAAAAUCAGGCGUUAGGUGUACAGUUACUAGGUUCUCAUACAGCACAGAAACUAAACGCCAGAAAUUUAAUUUGACCUGCAGCACCCCGUAACGUCGAUAGCUUGGUUAUAACUAGCUGGAUGUGUUGAUCUGAUUAUAGAGGAGUCCAUUGCCAACUCCAUGUGUACUUACACAUGACCUCUGUAAACACUGUUCUAAGAUAUCAAUGCAUUAGUAAUCCGGAUCUGAAUCAUUCUCCGAGUUUUGCGCCUGUUUUUUUUGCAAAAGUAGUGCUCAUUUGUAGAAUUGUAUUUCCAAUGGCUAGCCCCCCACUAGGAUCUGCUCCUCUCAUACACUAGCGCAGAUGUAGGAAAAGCAAACCAUUAAAAGUGCAACCUUGGAAAAGUGUAGCAAUGUUGCAAAAACAGGCACAAAAGAUUGCGAAUGAGACGGAUCAUUUCACAUCUGCUUGGAGAUAAUAGUAAGAGCUUCAAUGAGAGCUUCCAUGUCCAAAAAUAUGAGAACAUAUACACCGCGUCAUAGUGUACGUCACAGAGACAGUGUAAAAAGCUUAUCAAGAAUCUAAUUGCUCAGCAUUUGUAAGUACGUCCAUGUAACGUUAAAUGUAAUUAACGUAAGUCGGCUUGCAUAACUAGGUCGGGAUUUAGUGUGAAGUAUUGUGUGUUGCUGCGGUCUUUUAUGACGAAAUGUCUUAAUAAAAGAUUAUGAAUCU